UUUCAUUUAAGUCUCACACAGCUCUCACACUGGACAUGUUUCACAUCGCACAGGCUGACACAGAGCAGAGUUACUUCAGCUAUUAGAUCUCUCUGUUCACAUACAAUUUAAGAAUCCAGUUUAAAGUAAACAUGGUAUUAAGGGGUAUUGCCUUGUUCCUGUGUAUAAUGUGUCCUGCUCAUGGCCUGCUGGAACAGAGCAUACAGACACAAAAUGAAACAAAAGAUGUGCUGCUGGAAUCAAAAGACGCUCACAGCACUGCCAUUGAAGAGCUGAGGAAAAAGAUCGAUGAGAUUGUGAAGGAUUUGAAUAUCCUGAAGCAAGUGCAUGCUCUGCAAUUAGUUUGUCUGAAAGGCAUUAAGGUUCCAGGCAAGUGUUUCCUGGCCAGCCCAGUAAAGAAGAACUUCCAUGCUGCUACUGAUGAUUGCAUAUUACAGGGUGGCAGCCUGAGCACUCCUGUUACAGGCAAUGAAAAUUACCAACUUUAUGUCUAUGUGCAUGAGACGAUUGGACCCAUGGAACAAAUUUGGCUUGGCAUCAAUGACCUUCUGAAAGAGGGAGAGUGGGUUGACAUAACAGGGUCCAGGAUACGUUUUCAAAACUGGGAGACCGAAGUCACCCGUCAGCCUGUAGGUGGCCGCAGCCAGAAUUGCGCCUUCAUGUCUAUUAUAGACAGUGGGAAAUGGUUUGAUGCAAACUGCCGUGCUGAGAAGGCCUUUGUCUGUGAGUUCAAUAUUGUCUGAGCUCCUGUUGCUCCUUUUUAUCUUUAACCAUGUCCUUUAGACAUGAAAGUAACAGCUUUGUAUAGUGCAUUUGGUUUCAAAGGCUGAAACCUGCCUAAUAAGUAAGAAACAAGCUGAACUAAAAGCCAACAGUGGUGAUGAGAAUGCCUUUGCUAACAAGCCAAGCCUUUCGUAUUACUUUUUGUUACACAAGUAGACAUUCAUCCACUCGUUUUUAAGAUAUCUCUUACUAAAUAGAAACAGAUGCAGAGUCAGCUGAAUUGUAGAGAAUCUAGUCCAAAAACAUACUCAAAAUGUGAUUGAUCUGUUCAAAAAAAGAACAGAACCUGAUUUUAAAUAACAGAAAUACAGGCAUUUUUGCGAUUUGUGUUCCAUACUGAUUUUUAUUAAAACUUAUUAAUGGCUUGUUAUAAAAACUGAUCAGAAAUGAUCAAUUUACAGUAAGAGGCACUUACUUCUGGAAGUCCAUGCAGGAUGCAUAGUUUUUCACAACAGAUACUGCAGCUCUAAUAUACCCAUUCAUAUUUGCAGUUUGCCACAUUUCUGUACACUGCUUAAUAAAUCAAACUACAUUUCUUUUGGAACUGCACUCAGUGCACAGAUUCUGAACAGUUCUUAUUGUAAUAAGUGAUGUAUUCCAGUUAAACAGAUUACUGCACUCCACAGUAAUGUCUAAUAAAACAUGUUUUAUUAAGAGUU